AGAACGGGCAACUGUGUGGCAUCAAAACGGUGAAGGUGAAGUGGACCCAAGACUCGGAGACGGGCAAGUGGGACAUGAUGGAAGUCCCCGACUCUGAAAGUUUUAUCAAAGCUGACAUGGUGCUACUGGCUAUGGGAUUCCUUGGACCCGAAUCUCACAUAAUUACGGACAUGGGUAUGGAGAAGGACGCACGCUCGAAUAUUAAGACCCCUGCUGGGAAAUACCGGACUUCUGUGGACAAAGUCUUCGCUGCUGGAGAUUGCCGUCGAGGUCAGAGUUUGGUGGUUUGGGCCAUCACGGAAGGACGUCAGGCUGCAAGGGAAGCGGACGAGUAUCUGAUGGGCAUUACAUCUCUGCCUGGACCUGGAGGAGUGAUUCAGUUCCACCAUCCACAGGGUUGAAUCAAAGUGCCCCUGAAUCAUUCGAAUUUUGCAUUCUCAACCUCCGAGGUCAAGAUCAGUUCCAACUGGUUCG